CACGGUUAACACCCGUAUAUCCGUGGGCUCUCAGACCGACGCUCUCAGUGGAUCCCCUCGUUAGCGGACAGUGAAGGUUACCUGCUUCAACAGUGCUUGAACGGCAACCCUUCGAACUGUCUUCGAAAGCUACAGGCCCGGCCUUAAUCGCUCUGAAUACUCACGUUUCCAUCGACAACAUCAGAUCGAUUUUUAUUGUUCUUAAAACACAAGACAGGUCAGUUAUCCUGAACACAUUUUAGCUUGACUGCUAGCUAACUUUUUGCUUUGCUAACGGCGCAAGUCACUGCUUUUCGACGUCCUCACAAGAAGACCAGCCACAGAGAUUUGAACCAUGAGUUCCCAGGUGAGACAGAACUUCCACCAGGACUGCGAGGCUGCAAUCAACAGGCAGAUCAACCUGGAGCUGUAUGCCUCCUACGUCUACCUGUCUAUGGCAUACUACUUUGACCGGGAUGACCAGGCAUUGCACAACUUUGCUAAGUUCUUCCGUCAUCAGUCACAUGAAGAGCGUGAGCAUGCCGAGAAGCUAAUGAAACUGCAGAACCAGAGGGGGGGGAGGAUCUUCCUACAGGACAUCAGGAAGCCAGAGAGGGAUGAGUGGGGCAGUGGUCUUGAGGCUCUCGAAUGUGCCCUGCAGCUUGAGAAGAGCGUGAACCAGUCACUGCUGGACUUGCACAAGCUCUGCUCUGAUCACAAUGACCCACAUUUGUGUGAUUUCAUCGAAACUCACUACCUGGACGAGCAGGUGAAAUCCAUCAAAGAACUGGCAGACUGGGUGACCAACCUCCGCCGCAUGGGAGGUCAACAGGCUGGCAUGGCCGAAUACUUGUUUGACAAACAUACCCUGGGCAAAGAAAGCAGCUAAAUCCCUCCAGAUCACAUCUACAAAAGCUUCUAUAUAUGUAUAUUUGUAUCUUGCUUCCAAAUAUCAAAACGUGAAGCCAUCUGCAUGGUAAAAGAUAGUCAUAUAACCUCUUAUAUUAUUCAUGUUGUUAUUGCCAUGACCUCCAUAUUACACUUCUAUAAACACCUGAGAGCUAUAACAUUCAAAUCACACUUUGUAUGUCACACUUCUCUCUCUGCUAUCAGCUACAUUCUUGUCAUUACUAUGUAUUUGCUGUCUUUUAUGCCAGGAGCUGUUAGUCAAACCAAAUAAACUGAACUGUGGAUUCUGA